UAUGAAUGAAAUAGUGCUUUAUAAAUACGCCAUACUAGGUUGAAUAUAUACUGAAAAGGAGUGAUUCGGAUAAUGAAUUGUGAAAAUAGAGUUAAAUUUCUGUAAAUUGUUGAUAAACACGUAUAUAUACUAGCUAUUAAGAACGACAAGAACGACAACAAGAACAGCAACAGGGCAACAAAACUAAAUAACAAUUCAGUUUCUGUUUGUGAAAAGUGCAUGUUACGUUUACAUUGACUUUUAUUAAGAUAGCUAUGAAUUUUCAAAUUAGAAACUACAGAAAAAGUGUAGCUGCUGUAGCUUUCUUAUUGCUUUUUCCAUUAUUAUACCUUUCGCAGACUUACAGUGUUCAAAAUGUUCAUAUGGUUUUACCAACAAGGCGAAAUAAAACGUUUGACGUAUGUAUAGUAGGAGCCGGUUUGUCCGGCGCAGUUAUAGCCGAAAGAUAUGCUGCAGUUAAAAAUAAAUAUGUUCUUGUAGUGGAAAAACGUAACCAUAUUGGUGGAAACUGCUACGAUUUCAUUGAUAAUGAAACAAACAUUCGUGUGUCUAAAUACGGUGCACACCUUUUCCAUACAAAAUAUAAAGACGUUUGGGAAUAUGUGCAAAUGUUUAGCGAAUGGGUUCCAUAUGAACAUAAAGUUUUAGCUUUUGUUGACGGAAAACACAUUCCUAUUCCAGUUAACAUCAACACAGUCAACUCCUUAUUUGAUAUGGAUAUCAAAUCUAUCGAGGACAUGGACGCAUGGCUGAAAAAAGAACAAAUUCAAUAUAAACAUGAACCGUUGAAUUCCGAAGAAAUGGCAUUGUCACGUGUAGGUUUAAAACUGUACAAACUUUUGUUCAGACCAUACACAAUAAAACAGUGGAAUAAAACACCUACCGAACUGGGACCGACGGUUUUAGCUCGUAUCCCAGUAAGAAACAAUUGGGACGACCGUUAUUUUUCAGAUCAAUACCAGGCUUUGCCAAAGAGAGGUUAUACAAACUUAAUUAAAAACAUGUUAAAAUCACCACAGAUUACUGUCCGUUUGAAUGUUGACUAUUUUGAUGUUCGUUACAAAAUUGAAUGUGGAAAAACGUACUUCUCUGGACCCAUUGACAGGUUUUACGAGAAAAAAGGGUUACCGAAAUUGGAAUACAGAUCCUUGUCAUUUGAACGUAAAGUUUUAAAGAACAUGGAUCAUUUUCAGCCAGCUAGCGUUGUUAACCAUCCAAGUCUAAAAGAUAACUUUACACGUAUUGUGGAGUACAAGUGGUUACCUAAUCAAGAAUUUCGUUCUAAUGAUACGAGUAUAGUCUAUGAGAGAUCCACUGCCGACGGUGAACCUUAUUAUCCUGUUCCUAAUGAACGAAAUCAAAAUUUAUAUAAACGUUAUAAGACAUUCGCUAACUCAGAUCCUGAUAUAUAUUUCCUUGGACGCUUGGCAAACUACAAAUAUUUCAACAUGGAUGAAGCAAUAAAAAAUGCACUAGAGAUGUUUUAUAAAACAGUAAAUGAUUAACUCUCGUUAUUUUAGUUGUUUUUUAUUUGUGUCAUAGGACUAGAAGAUAUCUCCUUUACUCAAAAUUUGCACUCAUAUAAAUAUUAACAUGAAAUAAAUUUGGGAAUGUUUUCCAGACAUAAUAUUAAAUUACAGCACAUGCGAAAAGGUUUGUUAUUAUAAUUAUGCUAAUAAAUUAAAAAAAUCACAAUCCUUGAGUAGAACAAUUUUUGGGCAGUAGAAAAAAAAGCUGUCGAUAAUAUUGUAUGUAAACUGUGUAGUAUAUUUGUGCUUGAUGAUGAAUUACAUCCGUUCUGAAAGAAAUCCUCUUAUCAACAUUUACUAUGCUGACUUAUUUUAUAGACAAGAAAAUAAUUCUGAAAUAAAGAGUACUUGUAUAUAUUUGUGUUUAUAAUAUUUGUGUAGAUAUGUUUUUUAUAAUAUUUGUAUACUAAAAAUAAUAGAUUUUGUGUGUUGUUA